UAAGCGGGGAGGAAGUAGAGGGCAGCGCCCGCGCCGCGCGCCCAGCCCAGCCAAGGCAGAACCUUGCAGCACAGAGCUGGGUCCAGGCAGCUGCUUUAACAUGGAGAUUCCGCCAGAACACUACGCGGCCUCCAGGGCGGUCUCGGUGGCCGAGAGCUGCAUCAACUACCAGCACGGAACCCCCCACCAGGUGUUUCUGGUGCAGAAGGUGGAGGAGGCCCGCUUGGAGGAUAUUCCAGGAAGAGGACACAAGUACCACCUUAAAUUUUCUGUGGAAGAAAUGACACAAAAACAAGUCACAGUGAACUGCACAGCUGAAGUACUUUACCCUCCAGUGGGACAUGGCACUGCACCAGAAGUCUCCUUCACAUUUGAAGGAGAAACUGGGAAGAGUCCAGAUGAAGAGGAUAAUACAUUCUAUCAAAGACUCAAGUCCACAAAGGAACCACUAGAAGCACAAAAUAUCCCAGACAGUUUCGGAAAUGUAUCUCCACAAAUGAAUCCAGUUCGGCACUUAGCCUGGGUUGCCUGUGGUUAUAUAAUAUGGCAGAAUUCUACUGAAAACACAUGUUAUAAAAUGGCCAAAAUUCAAACUGUCAAGCAAGUGCAAAGGAACGAUGACUUCAUUGAACUAGACUACAUCAUCCUGCUUCAUGACAUCGUAUCGCAGGAGAUUAUCCCCUGGCAAAUGCAAGUUCUCUGGCACCCACAAUAUGGGACAAAAGUAAAACAUGACAAUCGUCUCCCAAAGGAAGCACAGCUGGAAUAAAAAGACCCUUCCAUUGAGAUGGAGUGCAGACAUGUCUAUUAAUGAUGUGCAAGUCAGUCCUCACUAGAAUCUGGCCUGGGGGAGCCAAACAAAUCCUGAAGUACCAUUCUAUAUAAUGUCAUGCUUACAGUAUAGAACUGUACCGAUUCCAUAAUAAAAAAUACUACUACAUAAAAAUGUCUUUAUACCAAUAA